UAGUUACACUGAUAGAGGGAUAUGGGAAGAGUAUGUACUUACCUAGUUGUGCUUGCGGGGAUCGAGCAUCGGCUCUUUGAUCCCGCCUCUCAACUGUCACUACUGGUGUACAGGUUCCUGAGCUUAUCGGGUUCUAUCAUAUCUGCAUUUGAAACUGUUUAUGGAGUCAGCCUCCUCCACACCACUUCCUAAUGUAUUCAAUUAAGUACUCUGACACUUUUUCUAAUAUCUGUCACUCAUUUGGACACUCAGUUUCCACCUUUGUACCCUUGUGCGAGUACCACCCGUGUUAAAUAAUCCGUCCUUAUCUUCCCUGUCAAUUAUCCCGAGAAUUUGUAUGUGUUAAGCAUCAUGUCCCCCUAUAACUCUUCUGUGCUCCAGCGACGCGAGAUGCAAUUCACGCAGCCUUUCCUCGUAGCUCAUGCCUCUUAGUUCUGUGACUAGGCUAGUGGCAUACCUUUGAACUUUCACAAGUGAGUCUGACACAAAGCAAAACUGGAGAAAGUUCAAAUGUGUGAGUGGAGAAGGGGAGAGCGUGUGUUGGAGGGAGAUGGAUAUAGUGGGAAGAUGUUUACAGUGGAGACUGUGUUGGGAAAAUGCAUAAAGCGAAAUGGGGAAGAAGUGUGAUGGGGUGACAAGAAGCGUGGAUGUUGGAAGAGAUGGUGUGUGUGUGUGUCUAACCUAACUUAGCCAUCGAUAAAAUCAUCAGGACAAAUGGGGAGGGGGGACCUUUGACAAACCGCCGGCUUCCGAUCUUGGUCGAGGCCACUAUAGUGAGAUGGUGGCCCUCAGUUAAAUUCAGGUAGAAAAUAAACACUAAUUACAUUGUAGUUUUGCAAGUGAUUACCUCCAAGGUACCUCGACCUCCCUGAGAACUGGUUGCCGAAAUUAACUUGUUUGUGGGUGGACAGGGACGGCGGAGGAGCGGGGCCUGGUAGGGUGGCAGGCGCAGCUGGACGCCGGCCGGGGAGACUCCUCCAGUUACCACCUCCCCUUCGUCAUGCCUGCCCUCAGGAGGAUAAAAUGGCUGAGAUAUCUACCCUGCAGCCCCACCUUUAGGGGCUUCAGACGAACGAAACGCAAAGCUGAACACGCCGCCACCACCACGGCCUCGCCUACAGCUGUACUCUCCACCACACCUGCCACCAAAUUUACACGUAAAGCUGUAUCUGCCACGACGCCCGAUCGUGAAGCUGUGUUCUCAACCGAGCCCAACGUCGUACACGGCGCCAAGCCGACGCUUGAAGCCGCGUACAUAGCAGCGUCAAGUGAUGCAGAGACGUUGCUUCAUGAGGCUAAUGUGGCGCCAGGAAUCCCGUUGUUACAGCGCUAGUGAUCCCCCGGUUGGUAUGGCCCCUGUUAACUCCCCGUUGUUAAGGCGCCAGUAAUAAUGUUGUUACGGCUCCAUUAACCUCUGUUGUUAUGGCGCCUGUGAAAUGUCCGCCAGUCACUCAGUCAAUAUUCGAAGCUGUGUGGCCAGUUUCGUUAAUGCCUGAAGCUGUACCCAUCACCCCCACACCUGAAGCUGUUCCCAAGACCCCCUACACCUGAAGCUGUACCCAAGAACCCCACACAUGAAGCUGUACCAACCCACACACACAUUGUCAGGUUUGCCGACGACCGGGUCAGCUUGGGAGUGCUUCUUCAGUAAACCUGCUGCACACAUAGAUCACCACAGCUCUAAGCUUCGGUCUGUAUGGCUUAAAAAUCUUACAAAAAGGCGAAGGAUCUAAUGGCCGCAGGACUAACGAGGCCGAGCACCCUCACCUACACGCCCCUCCUCACACCGUGAUGUCACAUGGACAACUGAUUACCCCGAGGCGGAGUCAAAUGAGAGUCCGCUGAGGCAUGACGUCAUAUGUCUGCUCCUAUUGGUCAUACUAG